GCCCGGCGAGCAGAGCGCGGGGCGCAGGCUGGAGCGGCGCGGAGCAGCGGCCGCGUCCUUUGUGCGGCCGCCAGGGAUGCGCCCGAGCUAGGAGCCAGCUGCAGGAUGGAGGCCACAUCUGUCUGGGCCUUGGGCCUCCUGAUGCUACCGAUGCUGCUGGUGGUGGCUGGGGACCAGGGGACACAGGACGCCACCAUGGCCACAGCCGCCGCCCAGAAGGGGCUGCGCCUGCAGAAGGUGGGCUCGGACUCGGUGCGGGCUGCGUUAGCCGAGCUGGUGGCCCUGCCCUGUCUCUUCACCUUGCAGCCGAGGUUGGGGGCUACCCGGGACAGCCCCCGGGUCAAGUGGACCAAGGUGCGGGCUGCGUCGGGUCAGCGACAGGACGCACCCAUCUUGGUGGCCAAGGACAGUGUGGUGCGGGUGGCCAAAGGCUGGCAAGGACGUGUGUCCCUGCCCGCCUACCCCCAUCGUCGUGCCAAUGCCACCCUGCUGCUGGGGCCGCUGAGGGCCAGCGACUCCGGCCUCUACCGCUGCCAGGUGGUGAGGGGCAUCGAGGAUGCGCAGGACCUGGUGCCCCUGGAGGUGACGGGUGUCGUGUUCCACUACCGCGCUGCCCGGGACCGCUACGCCCUGACCUUCGCCGAGGCCCAGGAGGCCUGCAGGCUCAGCUCUGCCACCAUCGCAGCCCCGAGGCACCUGCAGGCUGCCUUCGAGGAUGGCUUUGACAACUGCGACGCGGGCUGGCUCUCUGACCGCACUGUCCGGUACCCCAUCACCCAGUCCCGGCCUGGCUGCUAUGGCGACCGCAGCAGCCUUCCAGGGGUGCGCAGCUAUGGGCGGCGAGACCCCCAGGAACUCUACGACGUGUACUGCUUUGCCCGGGAGCUGGGGGGCGAGGUCUUCUACGUGGGCCCGGCCCGCCGCCUGACCCUGGCGGGCGCGCAUGCCCAGUGUCGCCGCCAGGGCGCCACGCUGGCCUCGGUGGGACAGCUGCACCUGGCCUGGCACGAGGGUCUGGACCAGUGCGACCCGGGCUGGCUGGCCGACGGCAGCGUGCGGUACCCGAUCCAGACGCCGCGCCGGCGCUGCGGGGGCCCAGCCCCGGGGGUACGCACCGUGUACCGCUUCGCCAACCGCACGGGCUUCCCCGCGCCCGCCGCGCGCUUCGACGCCUACUGCUUCCGAGCGCAUCACCCCACGCCACAGCAUGGAGACCCGGAGACCCCCUCCUCUGGGGAUGAGGGGGACAUCCUGUCGGCAGAGGGACCCCCAGGCCAGGACCUGGAGCCCAGCCAGGGGGAGCAGGAGCCGGCCGCCCCUGACGCCCAGGAACCUCUGCUGUCCAGUGGGGACGAAGAGCCCCUGAUCUCGGCACAGGAGCAGGCGUCUCAGAAGACCCCGAGUGCCACUCCCGGCCACCCUGCUGAGGACGCCUGGCUGAGCACAGAGGCCCCCAGCCCCAACAACAGGGGGACAGGCACAGCGGUGACUGCGUCCAUGGAGGUGACCUCCACAGGCCCCACGCCUCGGAGGAGGGGACGCUUCAAAGGGCUGAACGGCCGCCACUUCCAGCAACAGGAGCCCGACACCCGAGAGCUGGAGGGGACCAGCACCCCACUGUUGCCCCUGGAGGCUGCCGGGAACCACGUGGAGCACCUCUCAGUGACAGAGGCCUCCGGGAGCAGCCGGAGUGGGAGUCCCUGGGCCAUUCUGACCAACGAGGUGGACGUACCUGGUGCAGGUCCCCCUGGGGGCAGGAGCCCCCCAGAACCCUGGCUGUGGCCCCCGACUCAGAUCUCACCCAGCACCCCAGUAUCCAGCAGGACCCUGGACCUGAAGCUAGAAGACACUGAAGGCCCUGCUGCACAGCCAGCCACUCCCAGCCCGUCCUGGUCCCCCUCAGAGCCCACAGUCCCAGCCCCUGGUGGCAGGGAGGGCCCCAGCGCUGUGUUCACGUCCCCAGACCUCCCUAUUGUGGCCAUGCUGCGGGGCCCCAAAAUGAGGCUCCUGCCACCCUCUUCACUGAUCCCCACCAAAGCCCUGACCUCUGUCCUCCCCUCUCUAGCCUCAGAGAUUGGGGUGCAUUCCCUGCCCCCCUCCUUGGGCCCGACAGGACAGGGCAGGGAGAUUCCUGCUGUGACAUUGAGCCACCACGGAGCAGGGAGUCCCAGGAUCCCCUCACUGGCGGCCACAGACACCCAAGCUGGAACUAACCCUAGCUCCCCUGGAGCAGACUUUGGAGAAAUUGGGGCACCCAGCCCCGCUGAGCUCAGCAGAGCUGAGUCCCCUAGCCCCAGCCCAGGGGUUUCUGUGGACAGGAAUGUGAUGGUUGAUCUUGUCCCCGUGGAGCAUGUGGGCAUCAGUGGCAUCUUCGGGUCUGGGUCUGGGGUCACUGAAAGCCCCCCUUCCAGCCUGCAGGCCACUGUGCUGCCAGGCACCUGGUCUUCACCGCACAGUGAAAGGUUGGAAGCUAGCCCACCAUCGGUACCUUCAGGGAGCCCUGGGGCCACCCCGAGCUUGGAGCCUUGGGCAGCUGCAGUUGAAGGAGCUACCAUGGCUCCUGUGGAGUCCACAGCCACGCUGGUGCCCAGGGAGGCUGGCAGAGUCUGGGCAUCCGGGCCCUACGAGGCUGGAGGAGCCCAGAGCCCCACCUCUCACCCUGUGGUGACUGUGGACUCAGUCGUGGGGACAUCCUUUGAACCCUUGGGCCAGGUGACCGGGACUGGGGUCUGGGCCAUAUCUGCACCAUCCUCGAGCUCCCAACCCCACCCAGAGGGUCAGCUGGUGGCCAAGGGGACACAGGGACCUCCAGCCUUUCUGGCUCCAGGCGCACCCCUGGGGAAGCCAGCUCCUCCCCCUUGGACCACUGCAGUGUCUGGAGUGGACGAGGCUGCCUCAGUUUCCUCGGGGGAGCCCACCGUGGCAUGGGAUGCCCUCAGCACCCUGCUGCCCAUCCCCCUGGGCACAGAGGAGCCUGAGCUGGAGGUGCUGGCUGGAAGCCCAGGCCUGGAGGGCUUCUGGGAGGAGGCGGCAAGCGGAGAGGAGGCAGCCCUGCCUCGGAGGCCCCAGAAUGGGACAGCGGAGGACGUUCCCUCUGACCCCUGCGAGAACAACCCUUGCUUGCACGGUGGAACCUGUAACACCAAUGGCACUGUUUAUGGCUGCAGCUGUGACCAGGGCUUUGCUGGGGAGAACUGCGAGAUUGACAUCGAUGACUGUGUCUGCAGCCCCUGUGAGAACGGAGGGACCUGUAUUGAUGAGGUCAAUGGCUUUGUCUGCCUUUGCCUCCCCAGCUAUGGGGGCAGCCUGUGUGAGAAAGACACGGAAGGCUGUGACCGCGGCUGGCACAAGUUCCAGGGCCACUGCUACCGCUAUUUCGCCCACCGGCGGGCAUGGGAGGAGGCAGAGAGGGAUUGUCGCCGCCGCGCCGGCCACCUGACCAGCGUCCACUCCCUGGAGGAGCACAACUUCAUUAACAGCUUCGGCCAGGAGAACGCGUGGAUCGGCCUGAACGACAGAAUCGUGGAGCGAGACUUCCAGUGGACGGACAACACGGGGCUGCAAUAUGAGAACUGGCGGGAGAAGCAGCCAGACAACUUCUUCGCGGGAGGGGAGGACUGCGUGGUGAUGGUAGCACACGAGAGUGGGCGUUGGAACGACGUUCCCUGCAACUACAACCUCCCCUACGUGUGCAAGAAGGACACAGUGCUGUGUGGCCCCCCUCCAGCCGUGGAGAAUGCCUCGCUCGUUGGAGCCCGCAAGGCCAAGUACAAUGUCCACGCCACCGUACGCUACCAGUGUGACGAAGGCUUUGCCCAGCAUCAUGUGGCCACCAUCCGGUGCCGGAGCAACGGCAGGUGGGACCGGCCCCAGAUCGUCUGCACCAAGCCCAGACGGUCCCAUCGGAUGCGGAGACACCGGCGGCAUCACCAGCACCACCACCAGCAUCACCACCACAAAUCGCACAAGGAGCGCAGAAAACACAAGAAACACCCUGCAGAGGACUGGGAGAAGGACAAGGCUGAUUUCUGCUGAAGAAGCAGGCAAAAGAAAGCACAGCCCCUUCCAUGCCUGGGAGACACCACCCAGAGAAAAACAAGAGGGUCUGGAAGUCCCUGAGCCCCACAUCGCACCUCUCACGUAACCCUUUGUACAAAGCUCCCGUCCUCCCUCUCUUACACGAGGCCCUCUUGGCAGGUGUAGCCAUGUGUCUGAAAAGUCCGUGCCCAUCAGGGUGGCCAAGGGAAGCGCUGUUCUCCAGGAUCAUUCUCUGCACUGGUUUGAUCUGUUGGCCAGGCUGAUGGGCAUUUGUUAAAAUAAGACUUUGAUGUAUGUUUGGA